AGACUGGAAAAACGAACCGACUUCGCCGCCCAGUCUCAACCCCCUCUUUCUCUCUCCUAGCUACCUCUUUCUCUCUCUACAAGGGCGAAGGCUUCAGACUUCGCUUAACCAGAUUAUUUCUCUGCUUCACUGAAUUCUUCUUCUAAGUCUGCUUCACCGAAGGAUUUCGCUCUGUGGAACUGAAGUAGGUCAUCAAGGUUAGGGCUUUUGAAUUACUGUUAGUUAUCGAUCUUUUUUUGUUCUUAAUAACAUGUUUUAGAGUUGAAUUGGGAGAAACUAUCAGAGAACACUGUAAUUUGUAUUAAAAAAGAAAGCACUAUUAGAGAACACAAAAUACUGUAUUUGAAACCUUUUAUCUAUUCAUAUUUUUAGUACUUCAAUAUGAAUGCUAAUUUAUUGCAACUCCAUAGUAAUGAAUUCAUCUGCAUAUAAAAGAGAGAAAUUAAAGAAAGUUCUCGAUCUAAUGGGUUUCUUGCUUUGAAAAAAGAAAGUAAUAUAGAUUCAAAUGUACCAGUAAGUUAAAGCCUAUAUGUGUGCAUCUUUUUGAGUUGUAAGAAGUACUAUAAAGUUCCAGGAACUUACAUAUCCAUGCAGAGUUAAGUGACUUAUGUGUUACACUGAGUAUAGGACCUGAAUUUCUCCAAAAAUUAGGAUCUGGGUGCCAUGAUGGCGAAGAAGGAUAGAUUCCAAGAGGAGUGUUCUACUGGAUUUGCGCCUAAUUAUGAAUCAGAAGGAUCCGGUAGCGCAGGACCAGUAGAUAUGGAAGUUACUGCUUCCGAGGACUCAGGUGCCCUAAUGAGGAAAUGCAUUAAUCUGAACUCUGCCACGCGUGAUGGUUUUGGUGUCCCUAUACAUGUCCUCCCAUUGUCAAAACUCUCGCCACAUGAGAGAAAGGAUUUAGUGCUAAGGUUGAGAGCAGAACUAGAACAGAUCCGCAUCUUCCAGAAGAGAGCCGAGUUGCAAAGAACGAAUGUUGUAACAAUGUCGUCAUCGAGUGACAUUCUUAGUUGUAGCAACACACAAAAUGGGCCUUCUGUAGAGAACUUCAGGAAAUCAUUGGCGUUAAAUUCUGGGCCAGGGAAGAAAUUAAAUCCUCCAGGACAGAAGGGGCGAGGUUGGAAUCGUGGCAGUUCUGGAAGGUUUGAGUCUGCAAAAUUGGCAGCAGCGAUGAGCACUUCAAAUGCCAUUUUUAUGAAACAGUGCGAGGCAUUAUUGAAAAAAGUAAUGUCACAUCAAUAUGGUUGGGCUUUUAAUACUCCUGUUGACGUAGUAAAGUUGAAUAUCCCUGAUUAUUUGACUGUUAUUAAGCAUCCAAUGGAUUUGGGAACAAUAAAGAGCAAGAUUGCUUCAUGCGAGUACUCUGAUCCACUGGACUUUGCUGCUGAUGUCAGACGAACUUUCUCCAAUGCUAUGACCUACAAUCCUCCUGGAAAUGAUUUCCACUUCAUGGCUGAUACAGUUAGGAAAUUUUUUGAAAUGAGAUGGAAAGUAAUUGAGAAAAAGCUUCGGGUAGAUGAUUCUCAGCAAUUGCCAGAAUCUUCAGGCCUUCAUGAAGCAGUGGAAACAUUUAAGCCAGUGCCUCAGUCAAAAAAGAGGAAAAUCGCUUCGGUGCAUCAUAAACAUAUGCCAGAGCCUGUAAAGCGGGUUAUGACAGAUGAGGAGAAACAUAAUUUAAGUAGAGAAUUGGAUUUGAUGGGAGACUUGCCAGACAAUAUUGUGGAAUUUCUGAGAGAGCAGAGUUCUAAUGGAAGAGGAACUGGGGAGGAUGAGAUUGAAAUUGAUAUUGAUGAUCUCAGUGAAGAUACCUUGUUUAUGUUGAGGAAGCUUUUAGACGACUAUUUGCAAGAGAAACAGGAUAAUCUUGCAAAAGCUGAACCUUGUGAAAUUGAGCUGCUAAACGAACCUGGGCUCAGCAAUUCAUCUAUGCAGCUGUGCAAAGGGAAUGACCAUGUUGAUGAGGAUGUUGAUAUCGGUGGGAAUGAACCUCCUGUCUCAAGUUAUCCUCCUGUUGAGAUAGAAAAAGACACAGACCUUAGAAGCAAUAAGUGUAACAGUUCAGGCAGCUUCCGUGACAAUUUGGUUUCAGACUCUGGCGGUGCUGAGAGCGAAUUAGAUGGUGCUAAAGCCCCUAGUCCAGUAAAGCAAUCAAAGGAGAGCUCUGAUACCGGACCAGAUUUAGAUGACAAGACUGGUGUUGGCGACUUACAUGAUGGAAAUCAAUCUGUUAGCGGGUUGGAUCAGCUGGAACAAGAUCCCCAGCAGAAUCAAAAUUUUGAUGAGUUGGAUUGUAAUCGGGAUGGGGAGAGUGCUCCAAUCCAGAGGCAGGUUUCACCUGAGAAGCUAUACAGGGCUGCUCUUUUGAAGAACCGCUUUGCUGAUACCAUAUUAAAAGCUCGAGAAAAGACACUUAAACAGGGUGAAAAGGGGGAUCCUGAGAAACUGCGCCGUGAGAGGGAGGAACUUGAAAUGCAGAAAAGGAAAGAGAAAGCUCGCUUGCAAGCAGAAGCCAAGGCUGCUGAAGAUGCUCGAAGGCGAGCAGAAGCAGAAGCUGCGGCCGUAGCCAAACGGAAGAGAGAGCUUGAGAGGGAAGCAGCUCGGCAGGCACUUCAAAAGAUGGAAAAGACUGUUGAAAUUAAUGAGAAUUCUCGGUUUCUUGAGGACUUACAAAUGCUAAGUGCUGUCCCUCCCGAGCAACUACCAAGCUCUGUAGAUGAGACGAGCCCAGAUCACUCUCAGGAUGGCUUAGGAAGUUUCAAGUUUGGGGCCAGUAAUCCUCUGGAACAACUUGGGUUAUAUAUGAAAGUCGAUGAGGAGGAGGAAGAAGGUGAGCCGCCUCAUAUUCUGAGCACCGCAAAUGAUGUAGAGGAAGGAGAAAUUGAUUAAAUGUUUGUUCUGCUACUGCAUUUACAAACUAUGGAGCAAAAGAAUAGAAAAGUUUAAUACAGAAAAUUCUUGCCGGCACUUGGGUUCUAAUUUUAGUGUUCUUCUGUCGCCCCUGAAGCUUUCUUGUCCAAAUGGGAAGAAAUUGAGAAGUUAAAUUGGUUGCCAGGCAUGUCUUGAUUGUGUAAUGUGCAUGAAUUUACAGAAACAUGGGAGAAGAAAAUUUGCCUAUGAGAGGGUCUUUUCUUUAUGGAUGUGAUUUGAGUUGAGUGAGGAGCAUAAAAAUGGUUCCCUUGUUUCAACGUCAA